GGAACUCACAAGGGAGUGUAGAGUGUAGACCCAUCAACUAUCAAGGCCUUAUCUCCCUAUACAAUUAACCCAAUCCCAUUCCACUCAAACGAUUCCCUUCUUUCUCAGCGCCAGCACUCAUACAAUCCCUCGCUCAUGUUUCUCUAUCUGUCGUAACAGGGGAUUCCAUGGAAUAACAUCAAAAGCCAUUUUUAGUUUGUUUAAAAUACUUUAGUGACUAAUAAAAUUCUAUUCACGGAAAAAAACAAGAACCAUAUGGCUACUGCUGCUUUAGGACCAGCUACUUCGCUCCGGUUAAACCCUGGGUCUACUCUUCGGUUGCUGUCUUUCUACCCCAAAUCAAACCCUAGUAACCUCCCUGAAAUCCUCAAAACAAUAACAAAACCUCAUGCCAUACCUCCAAAGUUCCACCAUUUUUUUCAACUUUCAGGUAUGCCUCGCCGGAGGUUCUUCUGCAGUGUGAUUUCUGGAGCUCUACAGUCUAAUGAGAGUGCAAAAGUGGGAUUUUUGGAGAAGGAGAAGAGUGAAGUGGGAAAUAGAGUUGGAGAAUUUAGAAAAAAGAUGAAGAUUGCUGAUAUAAAGGGUGGUCCAGAUGAAGGGCUGGAUCGUGUAGGGAAGACCAUUGUCGUGAUGGGUUGGGUUCGUACUCUUCGUGUUCAGAGCAGUGUUACGUUUAUUGAGGUUAAUGAUGGUUCAUGCCUAUCAAACAUGCAAUGUGUAAUGGGAUUGGAGGCUGAAGGUUAUGAUCAGGUAGAAUCUGGGUUGAUAACAACUGGCGCAUCAAUAUUGGUGCAAGGAACUGUGGUGGAGAGCCAAGGAUCAAAACAAAAGGUGGAACUGAAGGUCAACAAAAUUAUUUUGGUUGGCAAGAGUGAUCCUUCCUAUCCCAUUCAAAAGAAAAGGGUCAGCAGAGAAUUUUUGAGAACUAAAGCUCACCUUCGUCCUAGAACAAAUACAUUUGGUGCGGUUGCAAGGGUGAGGAAUGCUUUAGCAUAUGCCACUCACAAGUUUUUCCAAGAAAAUGGGUUUGUUUGGGUCUCAAGUCCUAUUAUUACAGCCUCAGAUUGUGAAGGGGCCGGUGAGCAGUUCUGUGUGACUACUUUGAUUCCAGGCUCUCAAGAAGUUGCUAAUUCUCCGGUGGAUAGGAUUCCAAAAACAAAGGAUGGCUUAAUUGAUUGGUCACAAGAUUUUUUUGGCAAACCAGCUUUUCUGACAGUCUCUGGCCAGCUCAAUGCUGAAACAUAUGCCACUGCUCUUUCAGAUGUGUAUACAUUUGGUCCCACAUUUCGAGCUGAAAAUUCUAAUACUUCAAGGCAUUUGGCUGAAUUUUGGAUGAUUGAACCAGAACUUGCAUUUGCUGAUCUGACCGACGACAUGGCCUGUGCCACUGCCUAUCUCCAGUAUGUAGUGAAACAUAUACUUGAAAACUGCAAGGAAGACAUGGAAUUUUUCAAUACUUGGAUUGAGAAGGGAAUCAUUGAUCGAUUGACUGAUGUGGCUGAGAAAGACUUUGUUCAGUUGACUUAUACUGAUGCAGUUGAACUUCUUCUGAAAGCAAAAAAGAAGUUUGAAUUCCCGGUGGAAUGGGGAUGUGAUUUGCAAAGCGAGCAUGAGCGUUAUAUAACUGAAGAGGCAUUUGGUGGGUGCCCCGUCAUAAUCAGAGAUUAUCCAAAGGACAUCAAAGCAUUUUAUAUGCGGCAAAAUGAUGAUGGGAAAACUGUUGCUGCUAUGGACAUGCUGGUUCCUCGGGUUGGUGAACUUAUUGGUGGAAGCCAAAGAGAGGAACGGCUUGAAUAUCUAGAAGACCGUUUAGAUGAGUUAAAGUUGAACAAGGAGAGCUUCUGGUGGUAUCUUGAUUUGCGACGUUAUGGUUCAGUUCCUCACGCGGGUUUCGGACUUGGUUUUGAGAGGCUCGUGCAAUUUGCUACUGGAUUAGAAAAUAUAAGAGAUGCAAUUCCUUUCCCCCGGGUACCUGGUUCUGCGGAAUUUUAAUGGGGUUAUCGUCGGAUUCGAUUUUUCUUCCUCCCUCCUAUUUCUCUUCUGCGUGCUUGGUAUUUCAAAUCUGCUGCACUUGUUUUCUCCUUGUAUACCAAUUUUGUAUUUAUGGUUCCAAAACUUCUGUUCAGCUCGAUGGUUAAGAUUCCAUGAACAAUGUAUGGAGUGAUUAAACCAAUUGUACAUUCAUUUAUCACCGAGUUGCAAUCUGUCUUCAAGAAUUUCCAGCA